AUGCAGCGUUUGAGCAAUCGGUUUCUGCUGGCGGCGUUGCUGCUUGUGACGGCGGUGGCGGCGGUUGACGGGGACUGGAAGAGGUUUACAUUGACUCUCGAGAGGGCGAGUCACGAAGGGCUUGAGCUGAGUCGACUCAGGGAACUCGACCGGGUCCGGCACGGCCGGUUCUUACAGCAGCAGCAGCAGCCUCCUGGGGUCGUUGAUUUCCUUGUCGAUGGCACCUACGAUCCUUAUCUUGUUGGGCUAUACUUCACAAGAGUCAAAUUGGGAAAUCCACCAAAGGAAUUCUAUGUACAGAUUGAUACUGGAAGUGAUGUCCUCUGGGUCAGUUGUAGCUCCUGUUCUGGUUGCCCCACAUCCAGUGGCCUCCAGAUAGAGCUCGAGUUUUUCGAUCCAUCUGGGUCGUCGACCGCAUCCGUAAUCUCGUGUUCAAACCAACGAUGUGCUUCGGGAGAACAAACUUCUGACUCCCUUUGUACAGAUCAGAAUCGCUGUGGGUACAGAUUCCAAUACGGUGAUGGCAGUGGCACAUCCGGGGUUUAUCUAUCAGACCAAAUGUAUCUUGACUCGGUGGUUGGAAACUCGUUGACUACGAAUUCCUCGGCAUCCAUUGUUUUCGGAUGUAGCACGUCGCAGACUGGAGAUCUCACGAAGUCGGAUAGGGCAGUUGAUGGUAUAUUCGGGUUUGGUCAGCAGGGCAUGUCUGUAAUUUCUCAGCUGGCUUCACAAGGGAUUGUCCCGAAUGCAUUCUCUCAUUGCCUGAGAGGGGGAAAUGGCGGCAGGGGUGGUAUACUGGUGCUUGGUUUAAUUGUGGAGCCAAAUAUAGUCUACACUCCCCUUGUUCCCUCACAGCCCCAUUACAAUGUAGAUCUGCAGAGCAUUGCCAUAAACGGGCAGAUAUUACCCAUUGCAUCAUCAGUAUUCGAAACAUCGAGUAACACGGGAACAAUAAUUGAUUCAGGAACAACAUUAGCAUACUUUUCUGAAGAGGCUUAUGAUCCUUUCAUAAAUGCAGUUGAGCAAACUGUUUCUCAGUCUAUAAGCCCCACUCUCAACAGAGGAAACCAGUGUUAUUUAACCACAUCCAGUGUUUCCGAUAUUUUCCCUACGGUUAGUUUGAACUUUGCGGGUGGGGCAUCCAUGGUACUGAGACCCCAGGAUUACCUUUUGCCGCAAAACUCUGUUGAUGGUGCUACUGUGUGGUGCAUUGGCAUUCAGAAACUUCAGGGUCAAGGAAUAACGAUUUUAGGAGAUCUCAUCUUGAAAGAUAAAAUUGUCGUAUACGAUUUGGCCAGUCAAAGGAUUGGUUGGGCUAACUACGACUGUUCAUUAUCCGUGAACGUAUCUACUACAAGCAAUGGCAGAACUGAAUUUGUGAACGCAGGACAAAUUGACAGCAGCUCAGUCGGUCUCGAGCCAUACAAGCUAAUAUCAAGCAAACAAGAUGCUCCAAACAUUGGCCGCCUCCGCGGCCACCGUUACCAGAUUGAAUCACCAUACAAGCCCACUACUCAUGGUUAUGAGUUGGAUUUUACAUCACGAUCCUUCUUUCGGCGUUUGUUGUUUCGGAUUUCGGCGUACGACCACAGUGCAGCGGCUUGA